UGUUGUAUAGAGAAGACUAUGCCCAUAUGAACAGUAUUUGGUGCUGUGCUUGGGGAAAAUACAAGGAUGUGGAUGGUACAGAAGAUGCAGGUUCUGGAGUAUCUAGCUCUUCCAACGGCUCAAUUGAUUUUCUAAUUACUGGCUCUGUGGAUGAAUCAGUGAAAGUUUGGAUGUAUAAAGAUAGAGAAAUCAUACUUAUGCACAAAUUUGAUCACUCAUUGGGUGUUUCAUCAGUUGCCAUUAAUACAAAAGGGACAAGAUGUGUAUCAAGUUCUUUAGAUUCCAGCCUGUGUCUCUGGAAUUUACAAUCUGGUAAAAAAAUGUACAGCAUUGAUGUUGGUCCUAUUGAUAUUUGUUGUUUGGACUUCUCUCCAGAUGAUAAUGUGUUUGCAUGUGGAAGUAAUUCUGGAAAAAUUACCUUCCAUGAUGUGGAAUCUGGUAAACUAAAAAAUUCAUUAAUGAAUGAAGCAAUAUUUAUCAUGUCUAUAGCUUUUAGUCCUGAUGGAAAUUCUGUUGCCAGUGGAACAAUGGGUGGUAUAAUCACCACCUUUGAUGUUGCUACAGGAAAAAUGUUGCAUGCAAUGCAAAGUUGGUAUUCUAUGUAUCAGUGA